AUGUUUGCUCCUGUAGUUCGAAUGGAGACUAUAAGAACUGUUUUGGCUUUGGUUGCACAACUGAAGACAAAGGUUUAUCAAUUGGAAGUCAAAUAUGCAUUUUUAAAUGGAGAACUUGAAGAAGAGGUUUAUGUGGAGCAACCUCAAGGUUAUGUUGAGAAAGGGAGGGAAGAUAAAUUUUAUCGCCUCCGUAAAGCCUUAUAUGGCUUAAAGCAAGCGCCAAGAGCCUGGAACAACAAAAUUGAUCACUAUUUUCAGCAAAAUGGAUUUACAAGAAGCUUCAGUGAGCCAUCACUUUAUCUCAAGAAAGAAGAUACACAUGAUUUUCUGAUUUUGUGCCUUUUUGUUGAUGAUUUGAUUUAUACAAGCACAAAUCCAAGGAUGGCAGAAGUUUUCAAGAAGAACAUGAUGAAGGAAUAUGAGAUGACAAAUUUAGGCACUAUGAGAUAUUUUCUUGGUAUACAGGUUCAACAAUCAGAUGAGGGAAUAUUUAUUUCUCAAGAGAAGUAUGCUGAAAAUCGGUUGAAAAAAUUCAAUAUGUUGAAGAGCAAACCAACGGAUACUCCAAUGUCAAUUAAUUUGAAGCUUACAAGUAACGAUGGAGCACCUAAGUUUGAUGCAUCCAUAUAUAGAAGUGUGGUUGGUUCAUUAAUUUAUCUUACAAAUACAAGGCCAGAUAUUGUUCAUGAUGUAAGUGUGGUAUCUAGAUUCAUGAGUGAUCCAAGUAAUCACCAUUUUGCUGCAGUAAAAAGAAUACUGAGAUACAUACAAAGAACCCAGGGAUAUGGUAUUAGAUAUACACAAGAGAAGGAAGCACAGUUUUUUGGCUACACAGAUAGUGACUGGGAAGGUGCAAUUGAUGAUAGAAAGAGCACCUCUGGACAUGUGUUUUUCUUGGGAAGUAAAGUUAUAUCAUGGUUGUCAAAGACGCAAAGUACAGUGGCAUUAUCAACAGCCGAAGCAGAGUAUAUUUCAGCCACAAGUGCAGCAUGUGAAGCAGUUUGGAUUAGAAGAAUAUUAGUAGAUCUUCGUCAAGAACAAAACACUCCAACAAAAUUGUACUGUGAUAACAUGUCCACAAUUGCCAUGACAAAGAACCCAAUAUUUCAUAGCAUGUCAAAGCACAUAGAACUUCGUCAUCAUUUUAUCAGAAAAUUGGUUGAAGACGAAGAGAUUGAACUGAAAUUCUGUGGUACUGAUGAGCAGAUUGCAGAUGUUCUUACAAAAGCACUUCCAAUAGAGAAGUUCUACUAUUUCAGAGAAAGACUAAAUGUCGCAGGACAAAUGCAUUAA